AGCAAUUUAGAAAGAAUGUGACGAGACUAGGAGCGAAUAGAGCAGCAAGACCCGAAUUUGAAUUUGGGCGAAGAUCCAAUAUGAAGGAUCCGAAUCUGGAGUUGCAGGAGUCGGGUUGGGAGGAGCUGAGGAGGGAGGCCCGGAAGAUCGAGGGCGAUCUCGACGUCAAGCUCUCUUCCUAUGCCAGACUCGGCGCUAGGUUCACCCAAGGAGGUUAUGUAGAUGCUGGUUCCCCUUCUGCUGGGUCCAGCAGAUCAUGGAAGGCCAUGGAAAUGGAAAUCCAAUCCUUGCUUGAGAAGCUACUGGAUAUAAAUGACUCAAUGAGUCGAUGUGCAUCAUCUGCUGCACCCAUGACUUCUGUAACUCAGAAGCUUGCAAGGCAUAGGGAUAUACUUCAUGAGCUCACACAGGAAUUUAGAAGAACUAAGGGAAACGUAAACUCAAUGAGGGAACAUGCAGAACUUUUGAGUUCAGUCAGGGAUGAUAUUAGUGAGUAUAAGGUCUCUGGGAGUAUGUCCCCAACGAUGCCAUUACUACGGGAGAGAGCAGCCAUCCAUGGAAGUAUAGCUCAUAUAGAUGAUGUGAUUGGUCAGGCUCAAACAACAAGGCAAGUUCUGGGCUCUCAAGGGGCUUUGUUUGGAGAUGUUCAGGGGAAAGUGAAGCAUUUAAGUGAGAAGUUCCCCAUAAUUCGCGGCCUACUUGGUUCAAUCAAACGGCGGCGAUCAAGAGACACUCUUAUUCUGUCGGCCGUCAUUGCCGCUUGUACGCUUUUUCUCAUCCUCUAUUGGCUUUCAAAAUGAGUAAAGAUUUGAUUUAUCAUAUCGAAAAUGAUGUUGAUUCUCUGUUGUUUUUUCUUUCCCUUCUAGGAAUUUUGUUCAUGUAAUAUGUUAUAACAAAUCGAUUUAUGUUUCAAAAUCCGGUUUACAUAGCAAUCAUUCUUCCAAACA